GGAAGCCGUUCAGUUGACCAGGUGUCCACCAGGGUUUUUCCAGUUUUGAUGGACGCUUUGCUUUCAGAGAUGGACCAGAUGGACGCUUUGCUUUCAAUGAUCACUUUGGCACUUCUUGUGGCGCCCUUGCAUGCCUAUUUGACCAAGAGAGACUUCUUAGACCUUCAAGGAUGGCUCAUCAACUUCAUGAUCCAGCGGCAGGGCGUUCAGGACUUCAAGGAAGCGUGGAUGGAGGAGGAACUCGUGAAGUUGCGGCAAGCCAACUACAAGUUGUUGAGCCGCAUUUUUUCCCAGGCAGCAUUUUGUGCUGUACUGAGCUUCACCUAUUCGGCCUUGUCCUCUCCUGGUUUGGAGACCAUCGGAAGUGCGAGCGUGGUGGUGGCCAGCUAUGUUCAACAUCUUCUGGUGGCCAAGGAGGUGGUUUGCCUGACACCUGGACGGAUCAAAUUCCUGACCUACUUGCAUCAUAUCAUGGCCUUCCUUUUGCACAUUCUGCAGGUGGCCUCCGAGAGUGACACCUUUGGUGCCAAGGCAGCUCCCAAUACUGCAACUCGCUUCGUGCUGGUCUUCGCAUUCUUGGAUCCAUGGGUAUCCAUUCCUUUUCAAUUCCUCUUCACUGCAGCAGAUGCCUUGACUUAUUUCACCGUUUGCUCCGGGUCCCACAUGGCCCCUUAUGUGUGCUUUGGGCUUUGCUUCGUUUUUGUCUCCAGUGUCGCCUCCUCCGUCUUCAUGCACGUGGCUCUCAGGGGCCGGAUCCGUGCGGUGCUGGACACGGCGGAUGCCGAGAGCUUGGUGAGCAGCUUCCGGAAGGUGCUGCGAGGGGUGUGUGACGGCGAAGUCUUGUUGGAUAGCCGCAUGAAUGUGCUUAAGGAAAGCGAGUGCUUGAAGCAUCUCAUUUUGACCAACGUGAGCCUCGCGGGCUUAUCCUUUCAAGAUCUCCUUGCGGAUGACGAACGAUCUCGCUUCGAUGCCUUCAUCCGAGCUUCGACCCAAACCUUUGGAGAGCGCACGGACUCAGCAACACCAUUGUGUCUACGAGUGAGCUUACGGGGAUCUGAAGGCAUACGAGUUGCUGCGGAUUUGUACCACGUUCCUGUUCCAGGGCUGUUUGGUGACGAUGAACCUUCACACCUCAUUGCCUUCAAGGAGGAUUUGGAUUCCAGGUCUCAAGUUCCAGCAGCCCACGACGGUGCAGUCCCCGCAGCCCUGCUCACCGGCAGGGGCGCGGCCGGAACGAGAGAUCCGAAGCCAUCAGAUUCGAUCUCCAACUCCAGCCGAAGUUCUACAGUUGGCGACAAGCCAGAGUUGCAAGAGAUGUUCUUACUGGUAGAUCCUCAAACGCAGCUCCACGAUGUGACGCAAGUUGAAUUGAACUUUUUGCGCUAUGAAGAGCCACAGGAUGUUCCCACAGCUUUGCACUCCAGCAUGCCAAGUUUGCGGAAGCUGGUGAAACCCACCGAUUGGGAGAGGGUCCGGUCUCGCGUGGUGCGAUUCGCUGAAAAGGCGUGGCGUGAUCCUUCCAGACCUCAUUCCAUGCAGAUGAAUCCAAUGACGAUUCAACUGCCUGGACUCACUGGCUGGUUUUCGGUGGACGAGGCGGGUUUACACCAUCACCAUGGGGAAAAGCUCUGGCUGCACUUACGAGGCUUCCGCCCACAGAAACCUCGUCGCAGCUCCAAGAUGCCGUCCUUGAGUGAGAUUCAGGAAGGCGACCAGCUCUCCGGGCUGUGACACUGCCGAGCUCCAGAGCUCAACGACCAGCACCGGUGCGACCCUCGUGGCUUCGAUUCGGCUGGGAACGCUCGAAACGGGCGGGCCCACGCGACGACACAAGGGGGCCACCGAGGACACCACGCAUAUUCGGCAGGUCGGUGGAAGCGUGGACUGUGAUCCCUGCGGCCUGAAAAGUG